AUGUCAGUUUAUGAUGCUGCAUUUGUGAACACGGAGCUCUCUAAACCCACUUCGAUUUUCGGCCUUCGUCUUUGGGUUGUUAUCGGAAUAUUUGUUGGAGCUCUAAUAGUUCUUGCACUGUUUCUUCUUUCGCUUUGCCUCACUUCUCGCAAGCGGAACCGCCAUAAGAAUCAAAUCGGUUUCCCUAAGUCCACUACUCCCCAUUCUCCUCCUGCCGUUUCGAAAGAGAUCCAGGAGAUUGUACACCAUGCCGUGCCGGAUCAUCACCACCAUGUUCAGCCGGAAAUUCAUGUCGAGAUCGGGAAAUUGGAGCAUCGAGUUGUUUUUUCUGAUAGACCUUCUAGUGGUGAGAGUAGAGGUACUGUGAGUGAAACUGCUUCUUUUGGAUCUGGUACUGUUGGGCCUGAGGUUUCACACCUCGGUUGGGGAAGAUGGUAUACUCUGAGAGAGCUUGAGGCGGCUACUAAUGGCUUGUGUGAAGAGAAUGUGAUUGGAGAAGGUGGAUAUGGGAUCGUGUAUUUAGGCAUUUUAGGAGAUGGUACCAGAAUUGCUAUCAAGAAUCUCUUGAAUAACAGGGGUCAAGCUGAAAGGGAAUUCAAAGUGGAAGUGGAAGCAAUUGGGCGGGUAAGACACAAGAAUCUUGUCAGGUUACUGGGAUAUUGCGUUGAGGGUGCAUAUAGAAUGCUUGUUUAUGAGUACGUUAACAAUGGCAAUUUAGACCAAUGGCUUCAUGGCGAUGUUGGGGAUGUGAGCCCUUUGACGUGGGAGAUUCGUGUUAACAUCAUACUUGGAACAGCAAAGGGAUUAGCUUAUCUUCAUGAGGGUCUUGAACCAAAGGUUGUGCACCGUGAUGUAAAAUCAAGCAAUAUACUGCUUGAUCGUCAGUGGAAUGCUAAAGUAUCUGAUUUUGGGCUGGCCAAGCUUCUCUGUUCUGAAAGAAGUUAUGUGACAACUCGUGUAAUGGGCACAUUUGGCUAUGUUGCACCUGAGUACGCCUGCACUGGAAUGUUGAAUGAAAAGAGUGAUGUUUAUAGCUUUGGAAUUCUGAUUAUGGAGAUAAUUUCUGGGCGGAGCCCUGUUGAUUACAGUAGACCUCAAGGAGAGGUAAAUUUGGUGGAUUGGUUGAAAGCUAUGGUUGGAGACAGAAAAUCUGAGGAGGUGGUUGAUCCGAAGUUACGUGAGAAGCCACCUUCCAAAGGUCUCAAACGCGUUUUGCUGGUUGCUCUUCGUUGUGUCGACCCGGAUGCCACAAAGAGGCCGAAAAUGGGACAUGUCAUCCACAUGCUUGAGGCAGAUAAUUUGUUAUCUCAUGAUGAACACCGGGUUGGCAAGGAUUCUACUCAUUCAAUUGAAGGCCAUCAACAUGAGAACCGAGCCGUUUCAAGACGAGUUAACAAUCAGAAAGAUGAAGGAGCAUCUUCUAAUAUAAGUGAAGGUGACAGUGAUGGAAACAUUCACCAUCAAAGUAGGUGGAGAUAAUAACGUACCACACUGGCAUGAUUACGUUACAUGACUAACAUUGCAAGUUUCUCCGAGAUUGGGAGCCGAAUCAACAAUUAUAGUGUUUGUUUUAUAGAUUUUUUUUUUUGCUCUUUAGGUGCCAUCUCAUCUCCAUAUAGAUGGUUGCUUUUCUAAUUUUCAAAUAAAUUAGCCUCAUUCUUACAGAAGCCGUAAGAACCACAACAUAUCCGAUCUUGUUAGCUGUGCAGUGUCUCCUCAACUUCCUUAAAAUGCUAGCUGCUAUCCGUCUUGAUAUUGACAUAACAAAAUCAUUGUCUAUAAGUACCUUUUAGGGUAGGACACCUAGUUUCUAUUUGGUAAAGAUAGCUCCUGUGUCAUUGUACAUCUAGAAUUAUGCCCUUUUAUCGCCGAGAGCGCCUGCUCUGUCAAUUGUUUGGUCUAGCACCUAACCAGCUUUGUUGAUGGAAUUGGUUGAAACUGCCCAUGAGAUUGUGAAGCGUAGAAUUGUAUGCGUCUGAUGUGUGGUCCCUGUGACCAGCAAGUUUGGUAGAGACUUUUCCUACUGCAACCUCUUCUUCAUGUGCUCUUUUGCUCUGUUCUGGCUGGACCAGUAAGGCUACGAUGUGGACUAGAACUGAGGCAUUCACCAUCGAAACCAUGACAGGAUUUUGUCUGAUCCUCACAUUAGGCUGCCCGAUGUUUCAUCCUAAGCUGGCUGUAGAUGUUUCCGAAGGGAUUAGAUCAAUCCCUUGGUUUAUCUGCAACCAUACAUUGUCUUUUCAAGCACUCUCUAUCAAACUCAAAGCCUUUGAGAGCUCCUUCAAAAACCCCCUUAUCCUAUGCUUGCUUUUGGAGUAAGUUUCAAAGGGCUUUUGUAACUUUAUGGAGUUGGGCCAUUUCUUUAACAUAAGUUUGAAAAAUUUUCAUCUUUGUAUUUAUUUAUUUAUUUAUUUUUACAAUGUUGUCAGUCACAUUUAUAAAGAACGUUUGAACGACUUUAUGGCUGCUAGCUCUGUAUCCAUCCAUUUGCAGAGUGGGGCCAAGUGUUAUGCGCAUCAAAGUUAAGCAAAUUUGCUUGUAGUAGUUCCUAAUAAAGGAGCUUUGCCAUUUAUUGAGGAUAUCUUGUUCAUAAUUAUCAAUGUAUUUGAAAGCGUCUUGUUUGUUUUUUCCUACAUAAACUAUACUUUCCAUAUAUA